AGCUCUUCUUCGAUCAUCAAUGCAAGAUGCACGCACGACAAGGAUCAAUUCUUCUGAACGGAAUCUUCACAUCCGAAUGACACGAUAAUUUAUACUUUGCGGUGCCUCCUUUGGCUCUUAUAUGACGAUUUAAAGUUGUCAAGAUAUAUCUUGAAAAUCUUGCCCCUCAAACUUCGCUGAGUGUAAUUUCUGAAUACUUCGACAAUUCACAUUUCAGAAACUUCUCAACCAGCACAUCCUGAGUGAAAGCUUCACAACUUCUUCAACAUGGCUCCCAAGAAGACCACGGUCUCUAAAGUAGCUGAGCCUCAUGGGUAUGAGUUUGGUGGACCAUUAGGAGCUUUUGGUAUAUCUUUUGGAUUACCCCUUCUUUGCUAUGCGACGACCUUUCUCUGCAAUGACAUUUCCGGUUGUCCAGUUCCCUCUUCGCUCUCUCCUUCGACGCUCACAAUCAACAAUCUCAAACAAGAAGUUGGAUGGCCCGCAAAUGGACUUGCGGGCUUGUUCAGUUGGGAUGUGUUUCUCAAAGUAGUAGGCUACUACUUUCUGAGCAUGGUUUUAUACAGAGUUUUGCCAGGUGAAGAGAAGUUAGGUGUCGAACUCGCAAGUGGUGGAAAGCUCAAGUACAAGUUCAAUACUUGGUCUUCUACCAUGUUUACAUUUGCUCUAUGCGCUGCAGGAACUAUCGCCCAAGGAGCAGACUUCCCAGUCUGGACUUUCAUCUACGACAAUUAUCUACAAAUACUUACAGCGAACAUCAUCAUCUCCUACGGCCUCGCAACUUUCGUUUACAUCCGCAGUUUUAGUGUUAAGCCUGGCAACUCUGAACUGCGCGAGUUGGCUGCUGGUGGUCAUUCUGGAAAUAUGCUAUAUGAUUGGUUUAUUGGAAGAGAACUCAACCCAAGAGUGACUCUCCCAUUACUUGGCGAAUUUGAUAUCAAAGAAUUUUGUGAGCUACGACCAGGUCUCAUGGGGUGGCUUCUGAUGGAUUAUGCAUUUGUUGCUCACCAAUACAAGACUUACGGAUACAUCACCGACAGUAUCGCGUUGAUUACAGCAUUUCAAACACUAUAUGUACUUGAUUCAUACUGGAUGGAAAAUGCUAUCCUCACUACCAUGGACAUUACCACAGAUGGCUUCGGACUCAUGUUAUCAUUUGGAGACUUAGUCUGGGUUCCAUUCAUCUAUUCUCUUCAAGCUCGUUACCUCGCCGUCUACCCACUUUCCCUCGGUGUCUUUGGCACCAGCGGCGUUCUCGCAGUUUUAGCUAUAGGAUACUACAUCUUCCGUGGCGCUAAUAAUGAGAAGAACCGCUUCAGAACUGACCCGACAGAUCCUCGUGUCGCACAUCUCAAGUACAUGGAGACAAAAUCCGGCUCCAAACUUCUCAUUUCUGGUUGGUGGGGUGUAGCUCGUCAUAUCAACUAUGCCGGUGAUUGGAUCAUGGCUUGGUCUUAUUGUCUUCCUACUGGUAUUGCUGGUUAUUUAAUCAACCACAGCUCGGUAGCCCCAAAACCAGGCCAAUCCCUCGCAGAUGGAUCUUUCGUGUACAGUGGACCAGCAGUACAUACAGAAGUCACGCAAGGUGCAGCUAGGGGCUGGGGUAUGAUCAUCACAUAUUUCUAUGUGAUUUAUUUCGGAGUCUUGUUAGUGCAUAGAGAAAUGAGAGACGAGGAGAAGUGUGAGAGAAAGUAUGGUGAGGACUGGAAGAGAUACAAGGAGAUUGUUAGGUACAGAAUCAUCCCAGGUAUUUACUAGACUAAUGGGUAAAUAUAUACAGGCAAAGAGCAUGGAGGAUGAGCUCAGUAAUUGCAUCUUUUUAUAGAUGGCAAUGAGGAUAGGAGAGAGCGUGUACAAGUGGUGUGUACAAUGUAUAAUAAUAUUUAAGUAAUAAUCUAUGAUUCUUCUUGCUACAUAAUGAUCAAUAUCAUCUGUACUACCAGGUAG